AAAAAAAAAUCAUUUCGCACGGUCGACAUAUUUGAGGUUAAUAAUUUUUAUAUUUUAACCCAUAAGAAUAAUGAAACAAAAUAUUAAAGACGGUAAAAAAUCUGGAAAUAAAAAUAAAUUCAAAUUGUAUAAAACCAAAAAGAAAAAUACAGAUGAUGCAGCCAUUCAAUAUUUACAGGCGCAAUAUGAAAAGAUUGUUUCAGGUGAAAUAAAAACAUUCAAAGAUUUUCCACUGUCUCAAAAAACUUUAAAAGGUCUCAAGGAUAACAAUUACAACACUCCUACAGAGAUCCAGAGAGAAGCCAUUGGGUAUGCAUUGCAGGGCAAGGAUAUAUUAGGAGCUGCUAGAACAGGUUCAGGAAAGACCCUUGCAUUCUUGGUGCCAAUAUUAGAAAUAUUGUUUUGUAAAAAAUGGACCAGACUAGAUGGAGUGGGGGCUUUAGUUAUAUCACCGACCAGAGAGUUGGCAUACCAGAUAUAUGAGACUUUGAGGAAAGUUGGCAGUCUGCAUGACUUCUCAGCGGGGUUAAUAAUUGGUGGUCAGAAUCUUAAGUUUGAAAGGAAGAGAAUGGAUCAAAUUAACAUUCUAAUCUGUACUCCCGGUCGCCUCCUACAGCAUAUGGAUGAGAAUCCACUAUUUGACUGCAGCCACCUUCAGAUUCUAGUCUUGGAUGAAGCCGAUAGAUGUUUGGACAUGGGUUUUGAGACUACCAUGAAUGCUAUAAUAGAAAAUUUACCACCCGAGAGGCAGACGCUUUUGUUUUCUGCAACACAGACAAAAUCUGUGAAAGAUCUGGCUCGCCUCAGUUUAUCUUUUCCAACAUAUGUAGCUCCGCAUGAGCAGGCAGCCACUGUGACACCGGAAUCUCUGCAGCAGAGUUAUAUUGUUUGUGAGAUUGAUGAAAAAAUUGGUAUCCUUUGGUCAUUUAUCAAGAAUCACUUGAAGCAAAAGGUGUUAGUGUUCAUGGCCACAUGUAAACAAGUUAAAUACACAUAUGAUUUGUUUUGUAAGUUGAGACCUGGUGUUAGCCUUCUAGCACUAUAUGGGACAUUACACCAAGAGAAAAGAGAAAAAAUAUACAAUGAGUUUUGCAGAAAAUCUAAUGUUGUACUUUUUGCAACAGAUUUAGCUUCCAGAGGGUUGGACUUUCCAAGAGUUAAUUGGGUCAUACAGAUGGACUGUCCAGAAGAUGUUGAUACAUACAUACACAGAGCAGGCCGUACUGCACGAGGCACAUUUGGAAAAGGUGAAGGUCUCCUGAUGUUGUUGCCUAAUGAGGAAAAAAUUGUGGAAGAUUUGCAAAAAAGUAAAAUACCUAUAAACAAAAUAUCUGUUGACCCAUCAAAAGUCAUUGCUCCACAAAGGAAAAUAGAGGCUUUGCUUUCCGACAACACAGAUCUGAAACAGACAGCUCAAAGAGCAUUUGUUAAUUAUUUAAAAUCAGUUUUUUUAAUGAAGAAUAAAGAUAUAUUUAAUGUUCAACUUUUGGAUACUGAUGCAUAUGCCAGGUCUCUUGGUUUGAUAGUACCCCCUAGAAUAAGAUUCAUGCACAGGGCCAUAAAAAGUAAUAUUGAAAAUAAACAGACAGAUGAAACUGAAAAUAAUGAUGUGGUUGAAAAAUUAAAAGCAAACAUGAUAAAUAAGGGUGAGGAAUCCGAGCAAAGUGACUCUGAAGAUGAAGAAAUAGAUGAUCAAAUUCAAGAAAGUAAAAACAAUACAAAGCAGAAAAAGAAGCCAGAUUUAAUUAAAUUUGAUUUUCACAAUGAUGAUAGUGAUGAGGAUGAUUUCCUUCAAGUUAAAAAAACUGAUGUAGAAGUGGAAACAACUCCUUUACAAGAAGAGAAUAUUAAAUCAAAGAAGAAAUCUAAACCAAUUACUAAAGCUGCUGUGGCUAAAAAAAUAUUGAAGAAAAAAAUUACAGUAAAUACUAAAGUUAAAUUUACAGAAGAAGGUGAAGCAAUUGGAGAUGAAAAGAAGGAUGUCAAAUCGGAACUAGCAAAACAAUUUAUUAAUGAGAAUGUUGGUGGUAUAGAUAUUGAAAAAGCAAAAGAAGUUUUAAGAGAAGAGGAUAAAUAUGACAAAAUAAGGUUCAGAGAAAAGGUGAAAGCAAAACAUAGGGAAAAUAAAAGAAAACUUAAAAAUAAAAAGAAGGAAGACGAAGGAGAUAAGGAUGAUUUUGGAUCACAGUCAGAAUCUGAUGGACCUGAUUUGUCGUGGUUACCUGAUCCUGAUAAAGUUUACGAUGAAAACAAUAAGAGUGAUGUAGAACAAGACAGCAAUGAUGAUAGUAAUAGAAGUAACACACAAUCUGAUAGUGAACAAUCUGAAGAGGAACAUGAAAAAUAUCAUAGGCCAACAAAACGGAAAUUAGUGGAGAGUAGAGGCAUACCACAAGAAAGUGUGGCGCCUCGAAAAGUAAAGAAAAUGCAAGAUCUAUCUGCUUCACUGUCUGUACACGAGGCAGAGGCACUGGCUAUGCAGUUGCUGCGAACUAAAUCAUAAACAUUUAUAAUUAAUAUAAUAAAUAUGUUAAAUAUGA